AUGGGGCCUCCUGGGCCCCUUAGGGGCCCUUUGGAGGCCCCCGAGGGGGCUACUGAGAGGUCACUGCUCGGUAGCUGCAGAGGCAAUUCUGUAAGGGCUAAAGGCAAAGCUGGGGGCCUCGCAAGAAAGCGUGCGGGGGUCCAGGAGGGCCCGGCGCCUCAUAGCAAGGCACUGAAAGCCUCCAGUGAUGUUCAGGCAGCAAGGCCUGCAGCAGCAGCAGCAGCAGCAGCAGCAGCAGCAGCAGCAGAAUUACCAGCAGCAGCAGCAGCGGCAACAUUACCAGCAGCAGCAGCGGCGACAUUACCAGCAGCAGCGCCGCCACCACCAUUAGCGGCAGCAGCAGCAGCAGCAGCAGCAGCAACUGCAGCAGCAGCAGCCGCAGCAGCAGCAGCAGCAGCAGCAAAAGGCAAAAGCCCACCGCAGGGGGUCCGGGCAGGGGUUGAGGCCCCUCUGGGGAAAGCCCUGCAGGCACUCGUCCACAUCUUCGCACUGGGGGGCCCCCUGGGAGGGGCCCCCCGAGGGGCCCCCCGAGGGUACGAAGCCCUCGGGGCAGCGGCAGACCCACUGGCCCGUGGGGGGGUCUCGCGCACACACGUAGUCGCCUGCGAGUGCCCACACGCAGCAGCAGCAGCAGCAGCAGCAGCAGCAGCAGCAGCAGCAGCAGGGAGUGGGGGCGCAGGGAGCGGGGGAGCGCGGGAGCAGCAGCGGGAGCAGCUGCGGCCGCAGCCGCAACGCCAACGAAAGCCGCGGGGGCUGCACCCCCAGCCCCAGCAGCAGCAGCAGCAGCAGCAGCAGCAGCAGCAGCAGCAGCAGCAGCAGCAGCAGGAGGCGGCGGACCUGUGCAGAUGCCCCAAGGCGCACUCGUCCACGUCUUGGCAGCUGCCGUCCUGGGAAAGCUCGAAGCCGGGCAGGCAGCUGCAGCAGCAGCAGCAGCAGCAGCAGCAGCAGCAGCAGCAGGGCGGCAGCAGCAGCAGCGGGAGGGGCAGCAGCGGCAGCAGAGCGGCGACGCAAACGGCAGCGGCAGAGCGGCAGGACAAGCGGCAGCAGCCGCAGCGGCAACAGCAGGACAAACAGCAGCAGCAGCAGCAGCAGCAGCAGCAGCAGCAGCAGCAGCAGCAGCACACGCAGCAGCAGCAGCAGCAGCAGCAGCAGCAGCAGCAGCAGCAGCAGCAGCAGCAGCAGCAGCAGCAGCAGCAAUUUGAGAGAGGUACUGGCAGAAGCUGA